AUUGAACUUCAGAUAUGUUUUAAGCUCCAGAGAGAAGAUAACUGAAAAUUUAACUCGCUUCCCACAUGCACAUUGAUUCUUCACGGUUAGCUUGAUCAUCUCCAAUAAAUCACCGUUAUAACUGCCGCAAAAGAAAACGCCCUUAACUUGGCUGUCAAGAUGCCACGUGUUGCAGCGGAAUCCCAAGAAAUCUCUCUCGACGGCGGCUGGGAGUCACCAACGCUCGGCGAACUGCUAAAAGAUCUCGAAGACGGUCACCGGAAGAAAGACUCCGGCGAAGAUGCUUCGGUUCAUCACGUAUUGGAUGUCGCUUCCCCUGAAACAAGACCUGUGCCGUUUCUCUUAUCCUUCAACAAUCUCUGUUACGAUGUCAGGGGAAAAGCCGACUCGGUCAAAACUCUACUCAACGAUGUUUCCGGCGAGGUUUGCGACGGCGAUGUCCUUGCCGUUCUCGGUGCAAGCGGAGCCGGUAAGUCCACGUUGAUCGACGCACUGGCGGGACGUGUGAGUAGCUUGAGAGGUACGGUAACUCUAAACGGAGAGAAAGUUUUGAAAAGUCAACUCCUAAAAGUGAUAUCAGCAUACGUCAUGCAAGACGAUCUCUUGUUUCCGAUGCUCACCGUCAAAGAAACACUAAUGUUCGCUUCAGAGUUUCGUCUUCCGAGAAGCUUGUCCAAGUCCAAGAAAAUGGAGCGUGUUGAAGCAUUAAUAGACAAGCUAGGGCUCAGAAACGCGGCGGAUACAAUAAUAGGAGACGAAGGACACCGUGGGGUCUCCGGCGGAGAGCGGCGGCGCGUGUCGAUCGGUGCCGACAUCAUCCACGACCCCAUUGUCUUGUUCCUGGACGAACCUACUUCGGGGUUGGACUCCACCAACGCCUUUAUGGUGGUGCAAGUUCUUAAGCGUAUCGCUCGUAGUGGCAGUAUGGUAAUUAUGUCGAUACAUCAACCUAGCGCUCGUAUCAUAGACUUGCUCGACCGUCUUAUCAUCUUAUCUCGCGGCAAGAGUGUGUUCAGUGGAUAUCCGACAAGUCUUCCUCAGUUCUUGUCUGAUUUCGGACAUCCAGUCCCGGGGAAAGAGAACAUCACAGAGUUUGCACUUGACCUAGUCCGAGAGCUAGAAGGAUCGACCAAAGGAACCGAAGAGUUAGUAGAGUUCAACGAGAAGUGGCAACAGAACCAAUCUCCUCGAGCCACGCCAAUGACCACUCCUUACAAAGCAUUGUCUCUAAAAGAAUCCAUCACUACAAGUGUUUCCAGAGGCAAACUAGUCUCCGGCUCGACCAGCUCCAAGCCCAUCUCAAUGGAGACAGUAUCAUACGCAAACAGGCCAUUGCUCGAGAUAUAUAUAUUAUCCAAACGUUACAUUAAAAACUGGUCCCGCACCCCCGAGCUCAUUAUAACACGGCUCGCUACGGUCCUGGUGACUGGUCUUAUCUUAGCUACUAUAUAUUGGAGGCUGGACAACACUCCACGAGGUGCACAAGAGAGAAUGGCUUUCUUUUCAUUCGCCAUGUCCACAAUGUUCUACACCUGUGCAGACAACCUCCCUGUCUUUAUCCAUGAACGUUACAUUUUCUUGAGAGAGACAACUCACAAUGCAUACAGGACAUACUCAUACGUUAUAUCUCACGUUCUCGUGUCUCUGCCUCAGCUACUCGCUCUCUCCAUUGCAUUUGCUGUUACCACGUUCUGGACAGUUGGUUUAAGCGGUGGACUAGAGAGCUUCUUGUAUUACUGUGUCAUUAUCUACGCAGCCUUUUGGUCUGGUUCCUCUUUCGUUACCUUCAUAUCCGGUCUUAUUCCGAAUGUCAUGAUAAGUUUCAUGGUCACUAUUUCCUAUCUUUCGUACUGUCUACUGAUGGGUGGAUUCUUCAUUAACCGUGAUCGGAUACCGGGUUACUGGAUAUGGUUUCAUUACAUCUCAUUGAUGAAGUAUCCUUAUGAAGCUGUCUUGAUCAAUGAGUUUGAUGACCCAUCUCGAUGUUUUGUAAGAGGAGUUCAAGUAUUUGAUGGUACGCUUUUCGCCAAAGUGCCUGAUGCGAUAAAGGUUAAGAUGUUUGAUACACUGGGUAACUCUUUAGGAACUAAGAUAACGGAGUCCACAUGCUUGAGAACAGGGCCUGACUUGCUUUUGCAGCAAGGUAUAUCUCAGUUGAGCAAAUGGGAUUGCUUGUGGGUUACGUUUGCUUGGGGUAUCUUCUUUAGGAUCUUGUUUUACUUGUCCCUGUUGUUUGGAAGCAAGAAUAAGAGGACGUGAAGGAAUUCCACAAACACAAAGCAAACUUCUAUUGGCCUCAA